AUGUCCAAUGACGCUUCUACGACUGGAACGGGUUCGACAGGACUCGAGUCUUCCCUUUCAAACAUGAAUGUGCAGAGUACUCCGUCUUCGGCACCUACUGACAGCGGAGCAGCCCCCGCAGCCGCAGGCGCCCCGAGAAAGCGCUACGUUCCUCCGCAUCUUCGCAAUCAGCCAGAGGCCGCCACCAACAGCAUGGGCGCAGGCGGUCGCGAACGUGGCCGUGGCCCAUCCACGUUGCCACCAGCAUUCAACAGCGGUCGUCGUGGCUACGGUGGUGGUGCUGGUGCUCCUGCCACUGGUGGCCGCUGGAGUGGCUUGAGCAGCGGAGGUGGCUUCAGCGAACGUGGCUCGCGUCGUGGCGAUGGAUUCGGUACAUGGAAAGAUGGAAAGCAUGUGCUCGGGCCUGUGAAUGAGCGCUUUGAGCGCGAGAUGUUUGGUCUUCCGGAUGACGGUAUGCACCAAAGCACCGGCAUCAACUUUGACAAAUAUGGCGACAUUCCUGUCGAAGCAACGGGCCGUGAUGUGCCAGAGCCCAUCACCGAAUUCACGAAUCCGCCCGUUGACGAGCACCUGAUCACUAAUAUCAAGCUCGCGCGCUACACGACCCCGACACCUGUGCAGAAGUAUUCGAUUCCCAUCGUCGGUGCCGGUCGUGACUUGAUGGGAUGUGCUCAGACAGGCUCAGGUAAAACGGGUGGUUUCCUCUUCCCAAUUCUCUCUGCUCUAUUCACGCACGGUCCGCCGCCCAUGCCGCCUCAGCCGCCGAUGUACGGCCGCCAAAAGGCUUUCCCCUCGGUGCUCAUUCUUGCGCCGACGCGUGAAUUGGUGUCGCAGAUCCAUGAGGAGGCGCGUAAGUUUACGUACCGAUCGUGGGUGCGCCCAGCCGUCGUGUAUGGUGGCGCUGAAAUGGGUGCGCAGCUGCGCCAGAUUGAGCGCGGCUGUGAUCUGCUGUCUGCUACGCCAGGCCGUCUGGUGGAUAUGAUUGAGCGUGGACGCAUUAGUCUCUCCAAUGUGCGUUUCCUUGUACUCGACGAAGCAGACCGCAUGCUUGACAUGGGUUUCGAGCCCCAGAUUCGCCGCAUUGUGCUCGGUGAAGAUAUGCCUGGCGUAAUGGACCGCCAGACACUCAUGUUCUCGGCCACGUUCCCGCAAAAUAUCCAGAUGCUUGCCAAGGACUUUUUGAAGGAAUAUGUAUUUUUGUCUGUGGGCCGUGUCGGUUCGACGUCAGAGAACAUUACGCAAAAGAUUGAGUUUGUUGAGGACCGUGACAAGCAAUCUGUGCUGCUCGAUGUGUUGGCGGCCAUGCCGACUACCGGUCUGACGCUCAUCUUUGUCGAGACUAAGCGCAUGGCGGACAUGCUCUCUGACUUUUUGCUCUACUCCAACAUUCCUGCCACGUCCAUUCACGGCGAUCGCACGCAACGCGAGCGUGAGUAUGCACUCGAUUUGUUCCGCUCUGGUCGCACGCCUAUUCUGGUGGCCACGGCUGUGGCUGCACGCGGCCUUGAUAUCCCUAACGUGACGCAUGUCGUGAACUAUGAUUUGCCAUCGGACGUGGACGACUACGUUCACCGAAUUGGUCGUACGGGUCGUGCCGGUAACGUCGGUCAUGCCACGGCCUUUUUCAAUCGGAACAACCGCAACAUUGUGCGGGACCUGAUCAAGCUGCUCCAGGAAGCCAACCAGGAAGUGCCUCCAUGGCUCGAGAUGAUUGCGUCUGAGAGCGCCUUUUCCAGCGGCGGUCGUGGUGGCGGAAGCCGCGGUGGCCGCUUUGGAGGUGGCCGCAUGGGCGGUGGCGGCAGUCGCUUUGGCAGCAUGGCCAGCCGUGACCUGCGGUUUAGUGGCGGCAGCAAUGCCUUCGGUCCCCGUGGCGCUGGCUACGGUGGCUACAAUGCUGGUGGCAGCUUUUACAGUGGCCCCCCCGCGCCCGACUACUCUAGCGGUGGCGGUCAGUCUUGGUGGUAA